CCGCCGCCGCCGCUGCCACCACGGCUCCCGCUCACCGCCGCGGGAACCCUGAGCCGGGUCCCGCCGGUGUCAGCUCCGGCCGCGCGCGCGCGCACACACACACGCGCACACACACACACACACACACACACACACACACACGCUCUCGCCCCGCGUCCCCGCCGCCGUGGCCGCACGAGCCCUCCCUCCUCGGCCCGCACCUCCCGGGUCCCGGGCUUCUUUGUUGCUCCGGCCGCGGCCACUCUUUCCCGUGGCGAGGUGUCCCCGUGUGUCACCGCGCCGUGCGCGUGUGCGGGUCGGUGCCGCGCGGGGCCGUGUGGCCCUCUCCUCUCCAUCCACCACGCGAGCCCCGGAGCCCCGGUCCCCGUCUCCCCGGGCUCCGGCUGCACGAGAGGACUGCAGGGGACAGCAGUGUCUCUACCGGUGUCCCACGCGGCUUAUGGGACUUUGGCUUGGAACCCUCUGUGACACGCUACGCUUCGUGGGGCGAUGACCAUGUGCCGAGGAGCGCGGCCUGUGGUUGCGCUGGUUUGGCUUCUCUUAGCCACGGCAGGCUGCCUUGCUGAUCCGAACGCAGUUCCUCAGGUCACGGUCCAGCCCAUGUCCACUGUCCAGAAGCCUGGAGGAACCGUGAUCCUGGGCUGUGUGGUGGAGCCACCACGGGUGAACGUAACUUGGCGCUUCAACGGGAAGGAGCUCAAUGGCUCGGAUGAUGCGCUGGGUGUCCUCAUCACCCGUGGGACCCUUGUCAUCGCUGCCCUCAACAACCACACUGUGGGACGGUACCAGUGUGUGGCUCGGAUGCCUGCAGGAGCUGUGGCCAGUGUGCCAGCCACGGUGACGCUAGCCAAUCUCCAGGACUUUAAGUUAGAUGUACAGCAUGUGAUCGAAGUAGAUGAGGGGAACACAGCUGUCAUUGCCUGCCACCUGCCUGAGAGCCAUCCCAAAGCCCAGGUCCGGUACAGUGUCAAACAGGAGUGGCUGGAGGCCUCUAGAGACAACUACCUGAUCAUGCCGUCAGGGAAUCUCCAGAUUGUCAAUGCCAGCCAGGAGGAUGAGGGCAUGUACAAGUGUGCCGCCUACAACCCAGUAACCCAGGAAGUGAAAACCUCCGGCUCCAGUGACCGGCUGCGUGUGCGCCGGUCCACUGCUGAGGCUGCCCGCAUCAUCUACCCACUGGAAGCCCAGACUGUCAUUGUCACCAAAGGCCAGAGUCUCAUACUGGAGUGUGUGGCCAGUGGGAUCCCGCCACCUCGAGUCACGUGGGCCAAGGAUGGGUCCAGCAUUGCUGCCUACAACAAGACCCGAUUCCUGCUGAGCAACUUGCUGAUCGACACCACCAGUGAGGAGGACUCAGGCACCUACCGCUGUAUGGCCAGCAACGGGGUUGGGGAACCCGGUGUGGCUGUCAUUCUCUACAAUGUCCAGGUGUUUGAACCCCCUGAGGUCACUGUGGAGCUGUCCCAGCUGGUCAUCCCGUGGGGCCAGAGUGCAAAGCUCACCUGUGAGGUGCGCGGAAACCCCCCACCCUCUGUUCUGUGGCUGAGGAACGCCGUGCCCCUCACCUCCAGCCAGCGCCUGCGGCUGUCUCGGAGAGCCCUGCGUGUGAUCGGUGUCGGGCCUGAGGACGAAGGCGUGUACCAAUGCAUGGCUGAGAAUGAAGUGGGGAGUGCCCACGCGGUGGUCCAACUGAGGACUGCACGGCCAGACAUGACCCUGAGACCCGGGAGGGAUACUAAGCCGGUCGCUGCCACACCUCCCAUGCCACCCUCCAGACCCAGCAGACCCAGCAGACCCGACCAGAUGCUUCAGGAGCAACCUGGGCUUGCUAAGCCCCCAACAUCAGUACAGCCGACUUCCCUGAAGUGCCUGGGAGAGGACCAGGUAGCCCCCGCAGAGGCACCCAUCAUUCUCAGCUCCCCCCGGACCUCCAAGACUGAUUCGUAUGAGCUGGUGUGGCGGCCUCGACAUGAGGGUGGCAGCCGGGCACCCAUCCUCUACUACGUGGUGAAACAUCGUAAGCAGGUCACAAACUCCUCUGACGACUGGACCAUUUCCGGCAUUCCAGCCAGCCAGCACCGCCUCACCCUUACCAGGCUUGAUCCUGGAAGCUUGUAUGAAGUGGAGAUGGCAGCCUACAACUGUGCUGGCGAGGGCCAGACGGCCAUGGUCACCUUCCGUACAGGACGGCGGCCCAAACCCGAGAUCGUGGCCAGCAAGGAGCAGCAGAUCCAGAGAGAUGACCCUGGUGCCGGUCUGCAGAGCAGCAGCCAGCCUGACCACAGCCGCCUCUCCCCCCCAGAAGCUCCAGACAGACCCACCAUCUCCAUGGCUUCCGAGACCUCAGUGUACGUGACGUGGAUUCCCCGUGGAAAUGGCGGCUUCCCGAUUCAGUCUUUCCGUGUGGAGUAUAAGAAGCUCAAAAAAGUGGGCGAUUGGAUCCUGGCCACUAGUGCCAUCCCUCCCUCGAGGCUCUCUGUGGAGAUCACAGGCCUGGAGAAAGGUAUUUCUUACAAGUUCCGAGUCCGUGCUUUGAACAUGCUAGGGGAGAGCGAGCCUAGUGCCCCCUCCAGGCCCUACGUGGUCUCAGGCUACAGCGGCCGCGUGUAUGAAAGGCCCGUGGCAGGCCCGUACAUCACCUUCACCGAUGCGGUCAAUGAGACCACCAUCAUGCUCAAGUGGAUGUACAUUCCAGCCAGUAACAACAACACCCCGAUCCAUGGCUUCUAUAUUUACUACCGACCCACAGACAGUGACAAUGACAGUGAUUACAAGAAGGACACGGUGGAAGGGGACAGGUACUGGCACUCCAUCAGCCACCUGCAGCCGGAGACCUCCUACGACAUUAAGAUGCAGUGCUUCAACGAAGGAGGGGAGAGCGAGUUCAGCAAUGUCAUGAUCUGCGAGACCAAAGCUCGGAAAAUUUCUGGUCAGCCUGGCCGGCCCUCACCUUUAACCCUGGCCCCACCACAGCCCCCACCACUAGAAAGUGUGGAGCGGCCGGUGGGCACUGGAGCCAUGGUGGCACGGGCCAGCGACCUGCCGUAUCUGAUCGUCGGGGUUGUUUUGGGCUCUAUCGUCCUCAUCAUCGUCACCUUCAUCCCCUUCUGCCUAUGGAGGGCCUGGUCCAAGCAGAAACACACAACAGAUCUGGCUUUUCCUCGAAGUGCCCUCCUGUCUUCCUCCUGCCAGUACACAAUGGUGCCAUUGGGAGGACUUCCAGGCCACCAAGCCAAUGGGCAGCCCUACCUCAUCAAUGGGAGGGCCUGUGUCAGCCGACUGCAUGGAAGCAGGGGCUGCCCGGCUGCUGCAGUGGGCUGUCCAGGCAGGAAGCCUCAGCAGCACUGCCCAGGGGAACUUGCACAGCAGCGGGAAGACACUCACAGCCUACUGAGGCAGACCAUUGUCAGCAACGGAUAUGACCCUCAGAGCCAGCAAGUUGCCAGAGGUCCCAAGUCCAGCUCGGAAGAAGGCUCUUUCUUAUACACACUGCCUGAUGACUCAAGUCACCAGCUGCUCCGACCUCAAGAUUGCUGUCACCUCCAGAAGCAACCUGCCACCACAUGCCAGGCAGCAGUGAGGAGGGCACCUGAGGGUCCUGGGCUGGAAGCUUCGUGGGACCCUCCGUAUCACUCAGGGCCCCGGUGCUGCUUAGGCCUCGCACCAGUUGAAGAAGUAGACAGUUCUGACUCCUGCCAAGUGGGUGGAGGAGACUGGUGUGCCCAGCACUCUUCGGGGACCUACACGGGACAGGAACUUGGGAUACACCUCUCUCCUAGCCCGUCAGUUCACGUGUCUUUUGAAACACCACCUCCCACAAUUUAAGGCCAAAGCUAAUAUCCCAGAAAGACUAUGUAUUGUUUGUUUGUAAGAAACAGAGAAAAUUGGUAUUUAUUUUUCUAUUAUAGCCAUAUUUAUAUAUUUAUGCACUUGUAAAUAAAAUGUAUAUGUGUUUCUAUAAUUCUGGAGAGAUAUGGAAUCCUCCCCUUUAUGGCACAGGAGGAAAAUGGUGAGGCAGGUAAGGUAACUGGAGUCCGGCAGAAAUGAGUAGCACAGACUGGCAGGCUUCAAGUGGCCCCAGAGCCAGCAGCAGCCUGGGGCCGCAGCAGGCCCUCGGUGUGUUGGCGAAGAAUGCUAAGCACACUCUUCAUGAAAAGCACAAAGAGGGAAGAGGGAAGGCCAUGCUUGGGACCACCUGGAAGCUACUCGGAUUUGGUGGCACGGGACACAUUUCCCAAGAUGCCAGCAGAAACAACCCAGAUGUGUACAGCACUCUAUAAGCAUUAACAACCUCCCAGAAUCAAUAAUCGGUGGCAAAGAAUCUCUGUAAAAACAAACACUGUAACUUCUAAAUAAAUGUUUAGUCUUCCUCGUAACCGUCAACUUA